CUAUUUCAUGGAUUUCUUUCCAUGGUUUAAUUCCGGUUCGUGCGGCAGGCCGGGAGUUACCGCAACACCCGCAAUAUCUGCACCUGCGGUUUAACCACGCCCUGACCUUCAUUCUCCUACUUGUGAUGUCACAGGAUGAUAAGAAACGGAUACUGCGGUACAAGAUGCCGAAAGAGGACAGGGGCAUACCUCAGGUAUGGUGGCAGGGUUCCUUCAGUAGCAUGCAUUUAAACCAAGACCUGUACGCCCUAGUUUCCCAAGCGCGCUUCACAACCCCAUGUCCUGAAUCACAUAUCACCUCGCACUCUACUUGAGAAAUAUCAUACGUAAUGGCUCCAGGAGUCUUGACCAACGGCUACCAUGAUCGUACAACACCCUCCUCAACACUCCCUACUCGCCGACGUCCAUAUCCCCACGAAGGCCUCCGGUUCGAUCCCAAACUGAAACCCAAGUCGUAUCGCAUGGCCGGUACUGCACCGGAUUCGAAGAUAUUGCUUUUAGAUGUGAAUAUCUUAGACUCGACGGGGAAUGACCCGUACCGCGGCGAUGUCUUCAUUCACGGGGAGCGCAUCGUCUCGGUGGGAACGGUGCCCGAUAUCGAAGCGCUUUGCAAAGACCCGAAGGUCCGCGUUAUCCAAGGUCGCGGUCGCACGUUGAUGUCCGGCCUCGGAGACGCCCAUGCCCACUGGACCUGGAAUAACAUCGCCCUCGAUUUACUGGGUGACAUCGGCGUCGAGGAACAUACCCUGAUCACGGCGCGCUCGGCGCUUACCUAUCUCGACUCGGGGUAUACCAUGUGCUAUGGCGCUGCAUCGGCCAAAGACCGCUUAGACUGCGUUGUCAGAGAUGCCAUUAACCGUGGUACGUUGCCGGGGCCGAGGCUUCUGGCGAAUGGAAAAGAGAUCGCAAAGCGUGACGGCGAGCUCGCGGCUGAGAUUACCGCGUUCGCUGAUGGUCCAUUGGAAAUGCGGGAAGUGAUCCGGCAUCAUGUUAAGGUCGGCGUUGAUCAAAUUAAACUGAGCAUGUCGGGUGAAGCGAUCAUUGAGAGUAAAUCGGCAGAGGAAUGUUUCUUUAGCGAUGAGGAAACGGCCGCUUGCGUGGAUGAGGCUCAUCGCAAUGGUAUCAGAGUCUGCUCUCACGCUCGGGCUCGGGACUCGGUCAUUCAAAGCGCCCGGCAUGGCGUUGAUGUUAUUUAUCAUGCUUCAUAUACGGAUGAAGAGGGUAUGCAGUUAUUGGAAAAGGUCAAGGAUCGAGUUGUCGUUGCCCCUGCUAUCAAUUGGAUCUAUGCCACGGUGUAUGAGGCGGAACCCUUUGGGUAUUCGAUGGAGAAGGCCGAGCAGGUCGGGUACCGGAAGGAGCUGGAGAUAGCUACUAAGGCCAUCAAGGAAAUGCACAAGAGGGGUAUUACCGUUCUCCCGGGAGGUGACUAUGGCUUUGCCUGGUGUCCCCAUGGAACCUAUGCUCGAGAUCUCGAGCACUUUGUGAAGCUUUUCGAGUUUACCCCGAUGGAAUCGAUUGUCGCUGCUACGGCUGGAGUAGCGAAGCUCUUCAUGCAGGAAGAGGAGCUGGGCAAGAUUCUUCCUGGAUACUAUGCCGACUGUAUUCUGGUUAAUGGUAAUCCCCUGAAAGAUAUUGCGGUGCUCCAGGAUCACUCAAAGUUGGAUGUGAUUAUGAUUAACGGCCGUAUUCAUAAGGCGCAACCUUCGGAGUUCCUCGAUGUGAAUGCCGUGCCACCGUCAUUACAAGAGAAGAAGAGCUACUUCAAUUUUGUAACCUUUGAGGACGACUUGGGGAGAUCUCGCAUCGGACACCUUGACCUUGGUGACUCUACCAUCCAGCCGUUGACCAUGGCGUCCGGCUCGCCGCUUGCUAGCCUGGGCCAAGUCAUUGAACUGGGUGAUGAUGGGGUUGUUCGCGCUGCGGAACCUCCAUUCCCGUUGAGUUCAGUAAAACUGUUGCCACCGCUUGCUGAUCGAGAUGUUCUCUGUAUUGGCGAGAACUACCGCAAACACAUCAAGGAAUACCGUGAGAGUGGCUAUGCUGCUGAUAUCAAAGCAUCGGAGUUACCCGAAGUGCCAACUGUGUUCACCAAGCGCAGCACCAGUAUUACUGCCAGUGGCUCGGAUAUCUAUCCCCACCCUGGGUUCACCGAAACGAUGGAUUAUGAAGGUGAGUUAGGUGUCAUCAUUGGCAAGGCGGGUUUCUCCAUCUCUGAGAAGGAUGCGAUGGACUAUGUCUGGGGCUAUACGAUCAUCAAUGAUUUAUCUGCCCGUGAGAGGCAGCGGGAUCACCGUCAAUUCUUUAUUGGCAAGUCACCGGACACCUUUUGCCCUAUGGGCCCGGUUGCUGUCCCAGCGGCAGCGUUGCCAGGAGAUAUUCGAGUGCAGACUCAUGUUAAUGGCGAGAAACGUCAAGAUGGCACCACAGCAGACCUUAUCUUCUCUAUCCCCAAGCUGAUUGAGACCGUGUCCAGCGGCAUCACCCUCCAGCCAGGCGACGUGAUCGCUACAGGCACUCCACACGGCGUUGGGGUUGGCCAUCACCCACCAAAGUUCCUCAAGCCAGGUGACUUGGUCGAGGUGAGCGUAUCUGGUCUCGGGAAGCUCUCCAACCGCAUUGCGGAGCCUAGUAGCAAGAACCCUACGAUCGAUCGCGUCCUCCAGAAGCCAUCCAGUAUCCCAGUUUACAAUCUCGAUCGGACUUGGGGCGGUGUUGGCCUGACGAAGGUCGGACCGGACCACUACAUAAACGUCCGGGAAUUGGGAUCGCAGAGCCCAAACGCCGAAACAAUCGUUUUCAUCCACGGCCUUGGUGCCAACCUGGAGUACUACGGGCCUCUUAUCCAGUCCGCCGGACUCGAGAGCGACUACCGUAUCAUUCUCUACGACCUAGAAGGACACGGCGCAACACCCGCCCGCGCCUCGUCAACAGCUACUGUGCAGACCUUCGCAAGAGACCUCGACCUACUUUUCACAGCAAAAUCUAUCACGUCUGCUACCCUCGUCGGCUGGUCUCUCGGCGGACUCAUCGCUAUGUCCUUUGCCAAAUCACACCCCUCUCGCGUUUCAACGCUGAUUCUUCUCGGACCAGGGCCCUCGCCCCUCCCUGAGCCUGCUGUCGAUGUGUUCACCAAACGUGCGGCCAUCGUCCGUGAAAAGGGCAUGGAAGCCUCCGGGGUGGCCAACACUGUUGCCACGAGCGCCACCUCCAGCGUGACCAAGUCAUCGCGGCCCCUGGCCUUUUCCGCCGUGCGUCAAUCGCUACUGUCUACUCAUCCGGAAGGAUAUGCCAAGGGGUGCAUCGCCCUGGUGAAAUCGAGGGAUACCACGAUCCCUGUGGAGGACCUGCGCAUGCCGACUCUGAUCGUUACCGGGCAUGAAGAUGCGAUCUCGCCUGUCAAGUUAGCGCAGAGCUACCGGAGCCGGAUUCCUAACUCGCGCGUGGAACUCCUGAAGGAUGUGGGACACUGGCAUGUGUUUGAGGAUCCGGAGGGGACGGCUCAGGUAAUUAAGGGUUUUUUGAAGAGUUUGUAACCUGUGUUCCGGGAGCA